CUGUACUGUGUCCACAGUCUCUGGUCAUUCCCUGUACUGUGUCCGCAGUCUCUGGUCAUCUCCUGUACUGUGUCUGCAGUCUCUGGUCAUCUCCUGUAUUUUGUCCGCAGUCUCUGGUCAUCUCCUGUACUGUGUCCGCAGUCACUGGUCAUCUCCUGUACUGUGUCUGCAGUCUCUGGUCAUCUCCUAUACUGUAUCCGCAGUUUCUGGUCAUCCCUGUACUAUGUCCGUAGUCUCUGGUGCGUCUUAUGGAGCGAAAAAUACGGUACUUUCACUCUAGGAGUGAACAUCGUCAAGUUAGUA